AUGUCAUACCACGAAUUCACUUGGCCUGCCGGUCCUGAAUCUGUCAUUUUGACGGGGUCCUUUGAUAACUGGUCUCAAUCGUUGCCUCUUAUCAAGCAGAGAGACGGUUCUUUUACUCUGUCAUUCCCAUUUCCCAAGGACACUGAGAAAGUGGCAUUUAAGUUCGUUGUGGACGGCAAAUGGACCACAAGCGAAAACUACAAAGUCGAAACGGAUGAGUCAGGAAACAAAAACAACGUCUUGUAUGCAAAGGACGUUGAAUCUGCUCAGGGCUUAAAUUCCACUAGAAUUCCUGAAGCGGGAGGCCUGCCAGUGCCAUUGGUUGGUGCAAAUGCUUCCUCGUCAAAGAGCAAUGCUGAAACGGGAGGUGCAGAGUACAAGCCUACUGUUCUUCCUUCUUCCGAAGGUCAACAGGUGACGCUGGGAGAGCCCGGUGUUGUGGUGCCAGCCAAUCCCCACUCAAUCUCUGCUUUCUCGGAAGUGAGAGAUGUUGACCCAAAGACGCUCAACGAGCCUGCUGGCUCGUCCAAGAGUGCGCCUGCUGGAACUACCACCGCCACUAAAUCCACUGAGGCUGUCAAAACUCUCGACCCUGCAGAGCAGUCAAAAGUUUCGGCGAUUGCGGGCUCCACUAAUGCUACAGAGGCCCCAGAAACCAAUGCGGCUGCGGCUUCAGGACCUGGAGUUGUGAUCCCAGAGGACCCACAGUCGAUAUCGGCUUUCAACGAGGUUAGAGACGUGGACCCAAAGACGCUGAACGCACCUUCGGAGCCAACAACUUCCCAGACUGAGACUGCCAUCACAGACGAGGCAACUAACCCAAGCACCCAAGAUACAGCUGAGACAGCUGCGAGCGAGGCUUCUGAGACGGGCGCCAAAAAGACCAAGUACGUCAAGAGAGUGGUCUCCAGGGUUAAAAAGGACGAAGCUGAGCAGAUUCCUGAGACUGAAAAAGAGCCUACUGCAGCUGAGACACCUGCAAAAUCUGCACCACCUGCUAAGACUGAGCAAAAAACCGCAAGCUCUCCAUCUCCAAAGAAGAAGACUGGGUUUUUUGCCAAGCUCAAGAAGGCGCUCAAAUGA